AUGAGUAAUAAUAUAAAGUUUUUACAAUGUUUUAAAUUUGUCAAAAAUUUAAAUUUAAUAAAUAAUGUGAAACCAAGUUAUAAUAUCAAUAAAAACCAAUUUAAAACUACACCAAUACCCACAAUUAAAACUUUAUCAACAAAUAUCAAUAUUUUAAAUAAUUUUGAAUUUGAGAAAAAUGAAAAUAUAAAAUUUUUUUCAACAUUUAAUAAAUUUAGUAGAGGUGGUGGUGUUUCACUAAAGAAAUCUGGAACUACUACUAAUAAUAAUAAAACAAAAGAAUUAACAGAAUCAACAUCAGAUUCAACAAAUGAAAAUGGAUAUAAAUUUAAUUUUAUAAAUCCAGAUUCAAUUGCACCAUUUAAACCAAGACAUUUACCAUAUGAAACUACAACUGAUUUAGAUUUUUUAGUACCACCAGGGUUAACACCAAUUGAAUCAAGUGAAACAUUAAAUAAAUAUUUAAAAUUGGCAAAAGCAUUAUCAGCAAUUGGUUUUGAACAUCAAGAGAAUGAAAAAUGGGAAGAAGCAUUGGAAUCCUAUAAUAAAGCAUUAUUUUAUAUUAGAAAUAUAUUUGCAUCUGAAAAAACUAGAGAUAAAAUUGAUUUACGUGAUUUUGCAUUGUUAUUAAGUAAUUCAGCAGAAUCCUAUUCAAGGGUUGAUAAAAUGACAGAUGCAAUGACACGUUCAAAACAAUCGAUUGAUUUAUUGGAAGUUUAUUGGAAAAAUCAAGUUUUACAAUUUUCAAGUUCAAAACCAUCAAUAAGAUCAAUGUGGAAAAAAGAUGAAAUGUUGGGAGUUUUUUGUAGUAAUUAUUCAGAGUAUUUAAUUUUCGAUAAUAAAUUUGAAGAGGCAGAACCAUAUCUAGUUAGAGCACAUGAAAUUUUAGAGAAAAUUUAUCCACUCAAUCAUCCAGUUAAUAUUGAAAUUGGUAUUUCAUUAGUAAAAGUUUUAAAUGAAAUGGGUAGAUCAAAAGAGGUUGAAAAAAUCUUUGAAAAGUAUGGUGAUACAAUAACUGAUGCAAUGGGCAAAACUGAAGAAUUUAAACAUAUCUCUGAAAAGGUUGAAACUGAUAUUAAACAUCAAAUGAUUGAACAAAUUAAAGAUCAAUAUCCUGAAUUAGGUUUAGAUCAUAAAGAUUUUGAAGAUGAUGAUGGUCAAGAAGAUAUUGAAAGAGAUAAAUAUUUAGAUGAUAAAGAAAAACUUAAUCAAUAUAUUGAAAAUAAUAAUGGUGAUUUAAUUGAAUAUGAUGAAAAUGGUAAUUUAACUUUUAAAAAUAAUAAAAAUAGAAAAGAUGAUCAAGAUGAUGAUGAAGAUAAUAAUAUAAAAGUAAAAUCAAAAUAUAGUGAAUUAGAAUUUGAUAUAAAUGAUUUAUUAUUAUUAGAACAAGAUAAAAUUGAAUCAAAGCAACAAGAAAUGGAAAUAAGAAAACAAAAAAGAAAUAAUGGUGAAUUAUUAUUAGAUCAAGAAGAUGAUGAUAAUGAUGAAGAUUUACAAUUUAAAGAAAGAGAUUUUGAUGAAUUAAAUAAUGAAGAUGAUGAUGACGAUUUUGAUUUAGAUUUUGGUGAUGAAGGUGAUGAAGAUGAAGGUGAUCGUGAAGAUUUAGGUAGAGAAGAAAUUCAUCCAAGAGAAGAGAUGUUAAAUAUAAAAUUAGAACAAGAUGAAGAUUUAAUGAAACAAAAAGGUAUUAAAGUAUUUUCAACACGUAAACCAUUGGGAAAUGUUUUAAAUGAAUUUGAUUCACUAUUUGAUGAAGCCACUGAAAAGUAUACAGAAAUUCAAAAUGAGAGAGUCAUUGAUCGUGAAGAACGUUUAAUUAAUAAACAUUCAGGUAUACCAGAGAAAGUAAUCUAUAAAGAUGGUAAAAUCAUUACACCAACCGAUAAACACGGUGAACCAAUUUCACAAGGUGCCAUUGAUAAAUGGGGUAAAUUCUAUGCUGAGGAUUUAAUUCAAGAAGAUAUCAAUGAGGAGGAGGAUGUAUUAAAUGAUUACAUUGGUAAAAUGGGUAAUCUAAUGGAAUCAAUGUCAAAAAAAGAGUCAAAUCAAUUGGAUAAAGAAUUUAAAUUAAUGUAUCCAAAAUUUAAAAAAUUAUUAUCUCAACCAAAUCCUGAAAGAUAUUUAAAUACUUCAUUAAUGGAUGUUGAAGAGGAUGAAAAACAAAGAAAAGAAUUAAUAAUUCAAGAAAUUAAAGAAAUUAAACAAUAUUUACAAGAAUUAAAAGAUGAAGGUUAUGAUGAUAAUGGUAUUAAUGAUGAAUCAAUUGACGAUGAUGAUGAUAAUUCUUUUUUAGAAAAUGAUUAUGAUUUUAUUAAUGAAGAAAAUGAUGAUAAAGAAAUAAAUAAUAAUAAAAAUAUUAUUAUUAAUAAUAAUAAUAAUAAUAAUAAUAAUAAUAAUAAUAAUAAUAAUAAUAAUAAUAGUAAUAAUAAUAAUAUUUCAGAAACAAAUUAUAUAGAUUUUAUAAAUACAGCUAGAGAACUCAAUUUUGAUGAAGAUAAAAUUAUUAAAAAAAUUGGUGAAAGAGAAUUUGAAAAUUUACAAAAUCGUUUUAAUAUUAAUCAAGAAAAUGAUGAUGAUGAAGAAAAAUUAAUAAGUGAUAUUUUUAAUAAUAAUAAUAGUAAUUCAAAUCCAAAUAAAAAACAACAAAAACAAAAUCAAAUUCAAGAAGAUGAUGAAACAGAAUCUUUUGAUGAUGAUAAUGAUGAUGAUUCUUUAAGAGGCUUAUUAAAAGAACUUGAAGAAUUAGAUGGAGAUCAAUCAUAUGAUGAUGAUGAAACUAUUGAUUUAGAAGGAUUUGAAGAUUUGGAUGAUUUGGAUGAUGACCAAGUUGUCGAUGAGAGUAAUCCAGAAAAAGAUUUGGAAAAAUAUUUGAAAAAAGUUUCAAAAACUAAUUCAUUUAAAGAAUUUAUUGAUGAUAUUAAAAAGAAAUAA